AUGGAGACAAGCACACUAAAAUCAAAUGGCGUUAGUUCACCUUCAUUGUCAUCAUCUGGUACUUAUCAACCGCACAACAACACCAACGGUAAAUCACUAAACAGCUCUGGCGGAUCAUACUAUUCAGCGCACAAGCAACAGAAUGGAUAUGUCAAAGAUUACAAUAACAGCAAUGCAAGCGGUGGCGCAUCGAACGGAGUAAAGACUCACCACCAUACUCCGUUGAUCAAUGCAAACGCCACAGUAGUAUUUCCAACAUUCAAAAAGAAUCCAACAGAGACUUCGCAGUCUCUGCUUAGCAAUCAAAGCAACACUUCAGGUCGAAGUGUUGUUCCCUCUUCUUCCAUCCAGCAGUCGGCAUCAACCUCGGCCAACUCCCUAAAAACAUCAACACAACCAACACCAACUACACUGUCAACACCUAAUAUAUCACCUACCACACAGGCCAACUCUGCAGCGUCAACACCAGCACCGACUCCACCUCCCGCUCCAAUGCCAACGGCAUCUACAGUUCUGUAUAAAGCACCGAACUCUACCAAUACAUCACCCACUUCACUCUCUUCUUCAUCUUCAGCAGUAGCCACAAACAAUAGUACUACAUCACCUCUUAAUCUUAAUGGAGCGAUCAGUCAAAAUAAUCACUAUCACACUGCAUUCAAUAACAACAAUGUACACAAUUCAAACAACAACAAUAAUUAUCAAAGCAAUGGUUUUACGAAUCAUAACCAUAGUAACAACAAUUACCAGAAAUAUACAAACAACAACAAUAGUACAACAAAUCCGAUAAACUCCUCAUGGAGCACUUCCCCACAAAUGAAAUCAUCAUCCAACUAUCCAUCACAGCAAAAUAUCGAUUCUUACGAUAGCAACAAACAAUCUGAUUAUCAAAUUAGAAGAAAUAACAGCAAUAAUCAAUUAAACCGUGGUUAUAACCACCCUAAGGCACCACCUGUAGGACCUUCACCUCAUCACAAUGGAUUCAACAGAUCAAACAGUGAGAAUUUUAAAUACAAUUCUUCAUCAAGAUCAUCUACUUUCCAAACCAACAAUACAAACUACCAUAAUAAUAAUAGUAAUAACAACAAUAGCAACAUCAACAGCUAUGUGAAUAAUAAUAAUAAUACUAAUAAUAAUACUACACAUAAUAUUAAUACUAAUUUCCACAAUCAUUCGUUGUCUAACAGUGCCAACAAUGUUAGUGUUAAUAGUCACCAUACACCAACUUAUAACAGUCAUAACAGCGGCUACAAUAAUAAUAACAAUACUUCCUAUAAACAAGCAAACGGAAAUAAUAGACAUUAUCCUCAAAGAUCCACUUCCUCUCCAUUUAUAGAAUAUAAACCACAACAUUCCUAUAAUAACAACGGUGGCUAUCAUAAUACUAACAAAGCCAACCAAAUCGGUCAAGAUCAUAUCAAUGACCCUCUCCCACAACAACAAAAGAACAGUGUCAUCAAUGUUGAUUUACAACAACAACAACAACAACAACAACAACAACAACAACAACAGCAGCAACAGCACCAUUCAUUUGCCCAUACAGCACCAGUUCCAAUUCCAACAAACUCCACUCAACAACAAAAUUCCAACCAAAUCAUAUCACCACAACCUCAACAGGCAUUGACUGAACAUUCUCGUAAUGUUGUUUCUAGUAGUGCCGAUGACGAUAUGAAUGUUCUCCUCGAUAAACUUCAUCUCUACACAAACAAACCCGAAUCCCCACUCAACAAUGAGCACAGUCUAUCAUCUCGAUUUGAACAUGACGAAGACUACUACAAUCCCUACGAUUCGUAUUCCGCUCCAACCACACCCAAUCACCACUCUGCUCCAAGUAUCAAUUGCGAUGUGUUCUCUAAUGGAUUCAGCACCUGGGCACCAAGAAGUAAAUCAUCGCAAUCCGCUCUUCAACAGCAACAAUACAAUAUGGCCGUGCACCAACAUCUCAUGCACCAACAACAGCUUCAACAGUUCCAAUUACAGCAACAACAGCUCCAACAACAUCAACAAGGUGGUAACUUGCCAAACAUUCCACCAGGUUUUGAAAGUAAUAACUAUUCAAACUUUAUUGAUCAACCUCCUUUAGUUAAUUCAAAAGGACAACAAAUCUUUACAGGUUACCCAAUUUCCUACUUUCAGCAAUCAAAUCAGCAACACUAUGAAUAUACAAUCAGCCAACAACAACUAUAA